UUUUCACUAUCAAACAGUUCGAUGAGCUCAAUUUUAUCAGGCGAUGCCACAAUGGGAAAUAACAGCAAUAAAAAAAGGACAAACUCAAGUGAAUUGACAUUUAGUGGCAGAUUCAAGUCAAUAAAUCAACAGGAGGAUUUAAAUCAGAAUAACUUCUGCAUAUUUUCCGCAAAAAAUAAUGUGUCUUCCCAUCUAAAUGAAAUUCAUAAACCAUUAUUUGAAGAUUAUAAUGCUAAUGACUCUAGUGCAUCUUGUAGCCGUUUUUUUUCUAUCGUCAAUACACAAAAUUCGGAAAAAUUAAAUGAUUUUUAUAAGCAUAAACAAUCAAUCGCUUCUCAAAUACACUUGCCAGUUGAGGCCCUUUGUCCUGUUUCAAACACGACUGAAUUAUUAAAUGACACAACCGAGUCACGUUCCCAAAAAAAACGUGGUCGUAAAAAGGGAUCUAGAGGUGUGGGUGCUGUAAUUUCUAAAGAGUCGUCUAGCUUAUGCCAGCAAAUCUUCUCAGGCAGCUCUGCUGUUAAAAAAGUCAAAACAACUAAAGAACUUUUUAAUGAAAUUCAGAGCAGAAAAUUAAGUACUACUGCGCACUCUUCAACAUUUCGUAAUUUGACUAAAUGUGCACGAAUAAAAAGGAGAACGUCGUCAUGUUCAGAAGCAUCAAUAAAUUCACCAAAUUUAAUCGAAAAUUACUCGAGCAACGUUACUCUUUUGGAUGUUGAUAACUUUUCAAAAAAAGUUCGUGAAACUGUUAAUACGGAUAGUGAUACUUCAGACCACUUCAGUAGCAAAUCCCAAGAAGUUAAGGAGUGUACAUCUUUGGAUAGCAACAGCUGUAGUCGUCAGACUUCCUCAUUCGUUAAUUACUCUAGGAGCUUUACCACGGAAAGUUUAAAUGAUAUUACCACACAGCUAAUGCACCUUAUUAACAGCUUUGGUAGCCCAAUCAGUGUGCAUGAGAUUGAGGAAUCUUACCAAGCUCAACUAGUACCCUGUAGUUGCAUAAUUUUUGAAAAUGAUAUUAACUUGUUGAGAGAGUCGAAACCUUUCACAUCAGAUUACCAGGGAAAUAAAGCCAAUCCUGGCAUAAAAUGCAAAGGAAAGUUCGAUCAUAAUACAAAACAAGAAAAGAUAAGUACAAGUCAUGAGCAGUCAACUGAGAAGGAAGAAAUUCUGAAAAAACCUCAGAAGUCUAUAUUUGAUUUAGAUUUUGAAGAUGAAGAUGAUUCACUGAAGUCUUUAGUGAACGCAUUUCCAAAACCAGUAGCUAAUAAAGCGACAGAGAAGAUAUCAAAACCACAUAUUUUUACAAAUAAAUUUUUAUUGAGUUUGAGCAAUACCAAUAUCGAUGCUCAACUUGACAGCUGUAGUCAAGAGAAUGUCGAUGAGUUACCUAAAGUAAUUCAAUCUGUAUUUACCAUAAACGAGGAUCCAGAUUGCUUAGCAAAAAAAAGAUUCUAUGUGCAAACUAAUAAAGUUAGUAGUUUUCACAUUAAUGCAUUGCACAAUUACUAUAUUCCAAAUAUUAAUGGAAAUUGGGAUAGUAUAGAUGAAUCUAUUUCUUUCAAAUCAAUAAAUGAUUUUCUGAAUACUUUAUAUUCUUACAAUGUAACAAAUGGAUCUGACGUUGUACCCAAAUACGGGUUUCUUCAAUAUGAUCAUAUUAGAAAAGAUUUAAGUUCGCUUAAAUUUUUCAAACCUACCCAAGUAAAAUCUUUUCAGAAAGAUUUUUCACCUUUUCUUGGAGUUGCUAAAUGCUUGCCAACAUGUAGAAAAUAUAAGCGCAAAACCUUAGAUAGUCAUAAUGAAAGUGCAGACCAAACUUUUAAAAACAAGCUAAAUCGGGACUGUCCACUCCAGAUCGAUACUGAAAUACCAAUCUCUGAUAUGAUUACCUACAACAACAGCUUGGAAAAUAUGAAAUACAAAGAAAGCUAUUUUAAUCCUGCCCUAGUCGAUCAUUUUGAUAGUAGCUAUAUUUCAGCAAUCAGUAACAAUUUGCUAACAUUCGCUAAUAAAAAAGAGAUACGUGAUGGACAUGCUGUGGAUCUAAAAACUCAAGACAAUGCCAACCCUAUUUGUAAAAACAGUUGUAAGUCUCCAACUUUAAAAAACGUGUCAAAUAUUGGUAAAAAAAAAGCUCAAAUAAGAAGACACGAAAAAAAUCGUAAAAGACGUGGUCCAGGUGGUGGACAAAAACAAGAUUCUGAGGAAAACACUUAUUUAAUGAGGAAAAUCAAACGGAUUAAAAUAAGCUUAAAUGACACAAUAACUGACCGGAGGGGUGAAAAUAAUAGCAGUGAAAAUGACGAUACUGUGAACCAUAUUGAGGUUGAUGGACAACAUGGGAAAAAUGAAUAUGAAAUUGUGCACCGUACGAGCAAUGAUGGCGGUGUUUCUAGCAAUCAUAUCGUAUUGACAAUCAAAAAAACUCCAAAAAAUUUAUUCGAAACUGAAAUUUUAAAAGAAUCGUCAUCCACCCCUAAUCUCAUUAAUUCUUUCCAAAGAAAGUUUGCCUAUCCGUCAUCGGAAUCGUCAUCUUGA